GAUCAAUUAUGUUGGACUUUAGGAUCAUCGUUAGGGUUUUUGGGGGAAAUUAGGGUUAGGGUUAGGGUUAGGGUUAUCGAGAAGAGAUGGAAGAGACUGAGCUUGAAGAAGGAGAGGCUUGUUUUGACGACAAUGACGCAAUCAUUGACCCUGAUACAGCUCUCUCUUACAUUGAUCAAAGGCUGCAAAAUGUGCUGGGUCAUUUUCAGAAAGAUUUUGAAGGUGGGAUGUCUGCAGAAAUAUUGGGGCCAAAAUUUGGUGGGUAUGGGUCGUUUUUACCCUCACACAAACAGGUUCCAACUGUCCAUUCUCAUAUCAAGACACCUCAAACAGUUCAAAAUUUCAACAAAUCGUGUUUGGAGAGUGCUCCUGUGAAUGCAAUCAUACCCACAAAACCUGUCCUGGCUGUUAGACCACCUGCUACCUCUUCAUUUCAUGUUUCUAAAAAUGAAACCACUACAAGUAAUUCAGCAAAUCCAAGUGAACAAAGGUCAUUAAAGGUACGAAUUAAAGUAAGUUCUGAUAAAUCUGCAAGAAAGAAUGCUGCAAUUUAUAGUGGUUUGGGUCUCUCUUCUCCAUCUUCAUCAAUGGGCAAUGAUCAUCAUGAUCAUGAGGAUAGUGAUUGCCCAUUAACUGAAUCUCAUCAUAUCCCUCUUGAUUCUCCUGACACAAUACUACGUGAUAUGACUUCUGUCAUUGUUCCUGGAAACCGGCUGCUCUCACCACUAAAUGAGAGCCUUCUUUGUUUGAAAAAAGUUGAAAAUAAGCCUAAGCCUCCUGUUAUAGGUAGAAAAAUAUGCUUGUCUAGUUUUGUGGAUGAUUCAUCUUCUAUCCUUGUAGAAGGGAAGCCAAUGGAAGGUAAGGAAGUAAGUUCACAAGACAAAAGUGAAAUGAAUGGAAUGAAAUACAAUGAAAGUAGAGGCUUUGAGGCUGAGAAGGCUCCAUUUUCAGGGAAAGAAUCUUUUAACAGUAAACAGUGUUCAACAACUGAUUUAAAAGUGAAUCUGUCAUCCAAAUCUUUACUUUGUAAAGAAAAUGGAGCAGCUACGAAAGAUGUACCUGUAAAGAAAAGGGAAACAAACAAAGAAUGGUUCAAAGAUCGGUUCUUUGGCUCUGAUUGUAAGGAGUCUGAUUCAGCAUGUGGCCAGGAUCAUGAUGUCAUUCAUAGUUCAAGUGAGGAAACCAAAACCAAAACCAAAACCAAAACCAAAAAGUUUUCACUUGAUACAAAGGGAAGUGACAGGACCAAGGGUAAAAUAGUCAAUUCAGUUUGUAAAAACGACCCUGGUGAGAAAAAUGUCGAAAAGAAAGUUGGUCUUAAGGCUAUGACCCGUGAACCACAUGAAGUCAAACCAACUCAUUCUAUUACCAAAUUGCCAUUGGAAAGAAAAAGUAAGUUAAUGGGUAGCAUUCAAACUGGAGCAAUGAAAGAUAAUAAGAGUGCCCAAAAGGAUAUUGUGAAGGUACGUAAUAGCUAUAAAGAUAUACUUGACAUGAGGGUAAAUGACGAUAAUACCCAAAGACAAGAAGAAAGACACAUUCCAGUCAAUGGACUUCCUGCUGAGUCAGCAAUACAAGUUGCUCCAGCAGCAGCUCCUUCAGACAAUUGGGUAGGAUGUGAUCGUUGUGAGAAGUGGCGCCUUUUGCCAAUUGGUAUUGAGCCUGAGAAUCUACCUGAUAAGUGGCUGUGUAGCAUGACAAGUUGGCUGUAA